AUGAGGCACGUGGCAGCUUCUGUGGAGGGCCACUGCGACAAGCUCCACAGCAAUGUGUGGAAGGCAACCCCAGUACUGCCCUACUUCGACGAUGACUUCGAGGUCUUCAUAGAUCCAUCUCAAAGCAACUACUUCUAUGUGGAGUUCGAGAUGAAUGCCAGGAGCACGGGUCCCGAGUGCUAUCUAGUUAUGCAGCCAGGGCGCAGUGGCAUCGUGCCGCAGGCCGGCUUGGGUUCAAUCGCACCUGAGUGUGCCCUGUGCUGCAACACCACAUGGAAUGCAGGCAAAGGUUUGUGCGACCAUGACUCCGAGAAGGAAGGCGGGUCGUGGACAAUGGAGAUGUUUGUGGACACUGCACGUCCCGGCGAUGGGAUGUUGUCUGCAACGACGAACACAACACAUGGCUGGGCGCUGGAAAUUCGGUUUCCCAUGCUCUCUAGUCCCCUGCACGGAGGUUUGCUGAAUCGACCUGCCUCGCAGCACCUGCCAUUUUCUUCGGUGGAGAGCUUGCACCCAGUUCGCGGCCAGAGGUUCUGGUGGGCAACGUUUGCAAAUGCACUGCAUGCUGGCUGGUGGAGCAAGCUCACAGCUGCCGACACCAAGCAUCCCGAGUUCAUCAAGCGGCUCUGCGAAGAAGUCAUCCGCGAAGAUGAGCGAAGAUACGGCUUCUCCCAGUUUCUCGUGGACGCAAACAAUGCGGCACCCACGUGCUACUACGAAGCGGCAUCACAAAACCUCGGUGGCCACCAGUACAUGCACAAUCCAGACCAGUUCGGCUAUUUGCAGUUCGCGAAUGUUACCUCCCCAAUCUGCCGUAAUGUCUGCUGGCUGGCUCGGUUCGUGCUCGCGCAGAUCUACCAGGCGGAGGUACACUAUCUCAUGACAGCCGGCCAGGGCAGCUUCACCUCGAAAAUCGGGGAUCUGUUGUCGGUGGCGACGUGCGACAUUUCCAACGCUUGCAACGUGUCCACCCUGGUGGAUGCUCUCAACUAUGUGGACAUCAGCAUCUAUGCAGAUGAUGGCAAGAGGACCGGCGAGUGUGUGCGCUACGCAGUUCCCGGGGUGCAGAACUCCAGCUCCACCGGUGGACCCUGCUUCACGGCUUUCGUGACCUACACCAUACGCAGCAAGGGUGUUUCGGCUGACAAAUCGCUCUUGAUGUUCAGUUGCUCCCAGGCCCGAUUGAUGUCGCAGCCAGGAGUGGGCCAGAGGCCGGGGAUGCCGGUGCCGUGA